AUGUUCGAGAGCCAGCUGCUGCAGGUGCAGGAGAAGCUGUCGCAGGUGUUUGUGGACAAGUUCGAGCAGCUGCAGUGCGGAGUGGAUGCUUUAAAUGAAAGAAUAUCUUUAGUUGAAAAAGAAUUUUUAAUUGAAAGAGACAAACAAAACAGAGACUCCGAAGACAAACACUCCCAGAUCAACGCAGACCUUGCUGCGCUCCAGCACGCGUUUGAGACGGACAAGAGCAGCAGACAGGAACGCGAGCUGCAGCUAGCCAAAAGGCUCGGCGACUUGGAGUACAGAACUGAAGGCAAAUUCGAGGCGGAGAAAAACGCCCGCGAGCAGAAAAUAGAGCAGCUGAGAGAAGAACUCGAGGAAGCAAAAAGGAUUCGAGAAAGAGGAGAAGAAAAGUUCCAAACUUUUAUUUUGGAGGAGGUGGCGGCCCUCAAGAAUGGACUCAUCUUGGAGUCCCAGGCUCGUGAAGGCGCAGACGACGAUAUUGUGCAAGCAGUAAACCACUACACAACGGCGCUGCAGGACGCACUGCGGCUGGUUUCCACGGCAUAG